GCGGGGCACUGGGAGCGUAACAUUUGCGUUUCUAGGAUCUUCGGGCUGCUGGUGGUUUAAGACUCUGGGGUUGUAGAGGCCCACACUAGACUAGUCGUCUGGAAGGAACUUAGACCUCAGAGAUGGCUCUGAGUAAAUCAAUGCAUGCAAGAAAUAGAUACAAGGACAAACCUCCUGACUUUGCAUAUCUGGCUUCCAAAUAUCCAGAUUUUCAGCAGCAUGUUCAGAUAAAUCUGAAUGGAAGAGUGAGUCUUAAUUUUAAAGACCCUGAAGCAGUCAGAGCUCUGACUUGUACUCUCCUAAGGGAAGACUUUGGGCUUUCUAUUGAUAUUCCACUGGAGAGACUAAUUCCCACAGUUCCCUUGAGACUCAACUAUAUUCAUUGGGUAGAAGAUCUGAUCGGUCAUCAGGACUCUGACAAAAGUACUCUCCGAAGAGGAAUUGACAUAGGUACUGGGGCAUCCUGCAUCUAUCCUUUACUUGGAACAACCUUAAAUGGCUGGUAUUUCCUUGCAACAGAAGUAGAUGACAUGUGCUUCAACUAUGCAAAGAAGAAUGUGGAACAGAAUAACUUAUCUGAUCUUAUAAAAGUGGUAAAAGUACCACAGAAGACACUCCUGAUGGAUGCUCUUAAAGAAGAAUCUGAGAUAAUCUAUGACUUUUGCAUGUGCAACCCUCCCUUUUUUGCCAAUCAGUUGGAAGCCAAGGGAGUAAACUCUCGAAACCCUCGAAGACCCCCACCUAGCUCAGUAAAUACAGGAGGGAUCACAGAGAUCAUGGCAGAAGGAGGCGAAUUAGAGUUUGUUAAAAGGAUCAUCCAUGACAGUUUACAGCUUCAGAAAAGAUUAAGGUGGUAUAGCUGUAUGCUGGGAAAGAAAUGCAGCCUGGCUCCUCUGAAGGAAGAACUUCGAAUACAAGGGGUUCCUAAAGUCACCUACACUGAAUUCUGCCAAGGUCGGACAAUGAGGUGGGCUUUGGCUUGGAGUUUUUAUGAUGAUGUAACAGUACCAUCACCACCAAGUAAGCGAAGAAAAUUAGAGAAGCCGAGGAAACCCAUUACGUUUGUAGUAUUGGAAUCUGUGAUGAAAGAAUUAUCCCUCAAAUCAUCAUCUUUGGGCUCUGAGACAGUGGAAGGCAUAGUAGUUGUGACAACAUGGAUUGAAAAAAUCCUCACCGAUCUGAAGGUCCAGCAUAAACGAGUUCCCUGUGGAAAGGAGGAAAUUAGCCUUUUCCUAACAGCCAUAGAAAACUCCUGGAUUCACUUAAGGAGGAAGAAAAGGGACCGAGUGAGACAACUGAGAGAAGUUCCCCGAGCUCCCAAGAAUGUCAUCCAAGCCUUGGAAGAGAAAAGGUCCCCCACUAAGGAGUCUGGCAGCAGCCAAGACUUGGCUCAGGGUCCCCAGGAGAGUGCUCUGUACGGGCCUGCUCUACAGGAAGACGAGUCUGCCACUGUGGAGGGCCAUGGCCCAAACCAGGACUUGCUUUCCCAGGAGGAAAACCCAGAACCCAUGGAGGAUGAAAGGAGUGAGGAAAAGGGAGAGAUGGAGGUUUGGGAAAGUUGUAAAGGCUCUAGUAAUGGAGCCCAGGACCAAGAGGCUUCUGAGCAGUUCAGCAACCCAGUGUCUGAAAAAGGGAACCAUCUCCAAAGAGCAGCUGGAUGUUACCUAUUCAAGUGUUUGAUAAACGUUAAGAAGGAGGUAGAUGAUGCCUUAGUUGAAAUGCAUUGGGUUGAGGGUCAGAACAGGGAUUUGAUGAACCAACUUUGUACUUACAUACGUAACCAAAUUUUCAGGCUUGUUGCUAGUUAACUCCAAACUUCUUGCACAGUAAAGCAGCUUGCUUUGGAGUGUAGCCUGUGGGGUGGCAAGCUGAAUCCCACCAUUGGCCCACUGGUAGCAUUAUAUGGAAUUAUCUGAAACAAAUUAAUCCAUUUUAAACACCCCCUCCCUUUUUUUUUAAGUUAACAGGGCACUGUAGUAUGGUAGUUCAGAGGAAGAAUUGUGGUUAUUUGCAUCAACAAAAAGCCAUCAAUAAACUCAUAAGGGAUUCAAACCUGACUUAAGCUGAUCACCUUAGCUUUAGACUGGUUUUCUGAGGCCGAAAGGAUUAGUUUUGCAGUCUGAUCCUGGUCAGAACUUAACAGAGCAUCACGCUCUCUCUGUCACCCCUGGUUGCUUCCUGAGAAGGGGUGACUUUCUCAACCCCCUGGUGGAGGUGGUAUACCAGGUAGCCCUGUACCUUCUUCUAAAGUCACCUUUAAGACUGAAGACUUCGGGUACAUAUAAUUGAUGACCCCUGUGUCAGUCCUGAGAAGGGAACUGGCCUAAUGGUAGGUGGCGGGAGAGUCAGGGAGAGAAAGCUCAGUAAUGCCAGGAAGAAGGGCCAAUCAGGAAGCGCCUGGAAACGUCGGAAACAUCGGCAUAUUCCUGACUCUUGUCUGUUUUGAUGUUGGUUAUUUCAGAAACAGAAUUAGGGAAGCAAAACUGCCAGAUGUGACUGAGAUACAGCAGAAUGAAGCCAUACCCCUACCUCCAACCUGUUUAAAGUACUAUUUUGUAGCAGUUUUACUGGUGUGUGAUUUUUUUUUAUUUGUUUCGACAUUUGAAGUGGAGCUAAUAUAAGAGUAUUCAGAAUUGAAAACUGUCAAUCCUGUUUGAAUCCUGGGGUUGGGGAAAAUAUUUUCUUGGCUUUGAAUGGGUAAGUGGUUGAUGAUAGAAAUAAAAAUGGAGCAAGAUAGUUACGUGUAGUAAGUUGCUUAAGAAAGUCUCAUCUAUUGGUAGAUAAGUUGUCACUGAUCAAAGACGGUUUUUUGGGCUUCCCUUGUAAUCCCUUCUGUGUUUACCUGUUACCAUUGGAGAAUUCUAAGGUCGAUGUAACCAUGUUCUUAAAACAUGUUUCUAAUUGUAGUGUCAGGGCUCGGCAGGGAUGUCUCCGGAAAAGGAGUCUCUCUUUUAUUCUCUUGGUGUCUCAGUUAUCCUCUGCUGUGCUUAACUUCCAUGGCUUGAUUUUACACCAGCAGCCUAGGGUUCUAUUUAGCCUGAAAUUUCUGAGUAUGGUGCCAGAGCUCCUUGCUAUCUGCAAAGAAGACUGCGUAGUUAAGCCACACUUUUAAAAGGUGGCAUUGGUUGGGGCAGAAAACUGAUGACCUUGGCAUACUUUGGCAGCAGCUAGACCAGCCCCUCAGCAAAGAUACAGGAAAUGGAAAUAGGACCAUAUUAUACCUCCCUGUGGCUGUGGAGACAGAGCUGCAGAAGAGAACAUAUUAACCAACCAGUGUUCUUAACCUGGUCGUGGACCUCUGGAGAACCCAUAGCCUCCUGGAUUAUUUCCGAAAGCUCUGGACAUAUUUGGUGUUUCUUUCUGGAGAGAAGGGUCCCUGACUUAGAGAGAGCGGUUAGUAACUCACUGAGGAUUAGGAACCACUGUGCUAGUCCAGCCUCUUUGACAGGAUAAGGAAACCAACACCCAGGGUCCCACAGAGCCACGAUUCAUUGCAGGGCUCUAGAUUCCUGUGCUCAUCUCCUGUACCCACCCACACCAUCCUGCUCUGCUUACCUCUUAGGACACAUUGGAAUCAUAUGCUGGACCCAAACCUAGUUUAUAUCUUCAUA